AGAGGCAGCAGCGGGAGAAGGAGGAGUAGCAGCAGCAGCGGCAGCGGCGGCGGCAGCAGAGAACAUGGCGCCGGGGCCGCCGUCGCCGCCGCCGCCUCCGCCUGCUGAAGCCCCUAGGCCCGGCCCGCGCUGAGCCGGGGAAGUGCUGGCUGUUGAAUGAUGAGCAGUGAGAAAGGACCUUUUUCUGGUCCAUAAACGCUAUGAGAACUGUUUCUUCUCCUGCUUGGGCAGUUUUCCUGCACUGGUAACGACUGUCCUACCCUUGACCGGUGACAAAGCUCUACAGGACACUGGAAGACCCUUAUCAUCUUGGAAGUGGUUGACCCUGGCAGGAUGUGUCGACGAUGAUGAUGGCAAGGAAGCAAGAUGUCCGCAUUCCCACCUACAAUAUCAGUGUGGUGGGAUUGUCUGGGACAGAGAAGGAGAAGGGCCAGUGUGGCAUUGGGAAAUCUUGCCUGUGCAAUCGUUUUGUUCGCCCCAGUGCUGAUGAAUUUCAUUUGGACCAUACUUCUGUCCUCAGCACCAGUGACUUUGGUGGGAGGGUCGUCAACAAUGACCACUUCCUGUAUUGGGGAGAAGUUGGGCGCUCCCUGGAGGACUGUGUGGAAUGUAAAAUCCACAUUGUGGAGCAGACUGAAUUUAUUGAUGACCAGACAUUUCAGCCUCACCGGAGCACUGCCCUGCAGCCUUACAUCAAGAGAGCUGCAGCCACCAAGCUUGCAUCAGCAGAAAAGCUCAUGUAUUUUUGCACUGACCAGCUAGGGCUGGAACAGGACUUUGAACAGAAACAAAUGCCAGAAGGAAAGCUGCUGAUUGAUGGCUUUCUUCUGUGCAUUGAUGUGAGCAGGGGGAUGAACAGGAACUUUGAUGAUCAGCUCAAGUUUGUUUCCAAUCUUUACAAUCAACUUGCCAAGACAAAAAAACCUAUAGUGGUGGUUCUGACAAAGUGUGAUGAGGGAGUUGAGCGGUACAUUCGAGAUGCACAUACUUUUGCCUUAAGCAAAAAGAAUCUCCAGGUUGUGGAGACUUCAGCUCGAUCUAAUGUGAAUGUGGACCUGGCUUUUAGUACUUUAGUGCAGCUUAUUGAUAAAAGUCGGGGGAAGAUGAAAAUCAUCCCUUACUUUGAAGCAUUGAAGCAGCAAAGCCAGCAGAUAGCAACUGCAAAGGAUAAAUACGAGUGGCUGGUGAGCCGCAUUGUGAAGAGUCACAACGAGAACUGGCCAGGUGUCAGCCGGAAGAUGCAGUCUUCUCCCGAGUACCAGGACUACGUCUACCUCGAGGGAACACAGAAAGCCAAGAAGCUGUUCCUGCAGCACACCCACCGGCUCAAGCAUGAGCACAUUGAGCGUCGAAGGAAGCUCUAUCUCGCAGCCCUCCCACUGGCUUUUGAAGCUCUCAUCCCCAACCUUGAUGAAAUUGACCACUUGAGUUGCAUCAAAGCAGAAAAACUAUUGGAAACCAAGCCAGAGUUCCUCAAGUGGUUUGUUGUGCUUGAAGAAACACCUUGGGAUGCCACCAGCCACAUUGACAACAUGGAAAAUGAACGAAUACCUUUUGAUUUAAUGGAGACUCUACCUGCUGAGCAGCUGUAUGAGGCCCAUUUAGAAAAGCUGAGGAAUGAGAGGAAGAGAGCUGAGAUGCGAAGGUCUUUCAAAGAAAACCUAGAGACAUCUCCCUUCAUCACUCCUGGGAAGCCUUGGGAAGAGGCUCGGAGUUUUAUCAUGAAUGAAGAUUUUUACCAGUGGCUGGAAGAAUCUGUCUAUAUGGAUAUCUACAGCAAACACCAAAAACAGAUUAUAGACAAAGCCAAGGAAGAAUUUCAGGAACUACUUCUGGAGUAUUCAGAGUUGUUCUAUGAGCUAGAACUGGAUGCUAAACCCAGUAAAGAGAAGAUGGGUGUUAUUCAAGAUGUAUUGGGGGAAGAACAGCGAUUUAAAGCGCUCCAGAAGCUCCAAGCAGAACGGGAUGCCCUCAUCUUAAAGCAUAUUCACUUUGUGUACCACCCAACCAAGGAGACAUGUCCCAGUUGUCCAGGGUGUGCAGACUCCAAAAUUGAACACUCAGUGAGUUCUCGGUUCAUCAGACCUUCUGAGCGCAAUCAGAAAAACUCACUUUCCGACCCCAAUAUAGAUCGGAUCAAUCUGGUUAUUCUCGGCAAGGACGGUUUGGCUAGAGAGUUGGCAAAUGAGAUUCGGGCUCUUUGUACAAAUGAUGACAAAUAUGUGAUAGAUGGCAAAAUGUAUGAACUUUCUCUGAGGCCAAUAGAGGGCAACGUUCGACUUCCUGUAAAUGCUUUCCAGACACCGACCUUUCAGCCACAUGGCUGUCUCUGCCUUUAUAAUUCCAAGGAGUCUCUCUCCUAUGUUGUAGAAAGUAUUGAAAAAAGCAGAGAGUCCACUCUUGGCCGUAGGGACAAUCAUUUGGUUCAUCUUCCUCUGACACUAAUAUUAGUGAACAAACGAGGAGACACUAGUGGAGAAACACUACAUAGCUUAAUACAGCAAGGCCAGCAGAUUGCCAGCAAGCUACAGUGUGUCUUUCUGGAUCCAGCUUCUGCCGGUAUUGGUUAUGGGCGCAACAUAAAUGAGAAACAAAUUAGUCAAGUGUUGAAAGGACUUUUGGACUCAAAGCGGAACUUAAACCUUGUCAGUUCAACUGCUAGCAUCAAAGAUUUGGCUGACAUUGAUCUGCGGAUUGUAAUGUGUCUAAUGUGUGGAGAUCCAUUUAAUACAGAUGACAUUCUUUUUCCCAUUCUCCAGUCCCAAACCUGUAAGCCUUCUCAGGGCGGCAGCAACAACUCAGUUUUACUUGAAUUACCAAUAAUAGGACCCCACAAAAAGCGCAUUGAAUUGUCAGUUCUUUCAUACCAUUCCUCAUUUAGCAUUAGGAAAAACCGAUUGGUUCAUGGGUACAUCGUUUUUUAUUCAGCCAAACGGAAGGCCUCCUUGGCUAUGUUACGUGCCUUUCUUUGUGAAGUACAGGACAUCAUUCCCAUUCAGUUAGUUGCUUUGACUGACUGCACAACUGAUGUUCUGGACAACGACUUAAGCCGGGAACAGUUGACUGAAGGAGAGGAGAUAGCCCAAGAAAUUGAUGGAAGGUUCACAAGUAUCCCCUGUAGCCAGCCUCAGCAUAAACUUGAACUCUUUCAUUUAUUCUUCAAAGAUGUGGCAGAAAAGAAGAACAUUGUUGAGGCUACCCACAUGUAUGACAAUGUUGCUGAGGCCUGUAGCACCACUGAGGAAGUGUUUAACUCCCCACGAGCUAGCUCUCCUCUCUGUAACUCUCAUCUCCCCGACUCUGAAGAAGACACUGAGCCUUCCUCCUAUAGCCUCUUCCGAGAAGAUACAUGCCUGCCCUCCUUGUCCAAAGACCACUCUAAGCUCUCCAUGGAGUUAGAGGGGAAUGAUGGUCUGUCUUUCUUUAUGAGCAUUGAGAGUAAGCUCAACAACAAAGUACCUCCACCCGUGAAACCAAAGCCUCCUGUCCAUUUUGAAAUAAAAGGGGAUCUGUCUUAUUUGGACCAAGGGCAUAAGGAUGCACAGAGAAAAUCGAUGUCUUCUAGCAGCUGGUUACCUGCUGAUGGGUUUGAUCCAUCAGAUUAUGCAGAGCCUAUGGAUGCUGUGGUCAAGCCACGGAAUGAGGAGGAAAAUAUCUACUCAGUGCCACAUGACAGCACCCAAGGCAAAAUCAUCACCAUCCGUAAUAUCAACAAAACCCAGUCCAAUGGGAGCGCCAAUGGCUCUGACAGUGAAAUGGACACUAGCUCUUUGGAGCGAGGGCGCAAAGUAUCUAUAGUGAGCAAACCUGUGUUAUACAGGACACGGUGUACACGCUUAGGGCGCUUUGCCAGCUACAGGACAAGCUUCAGUGUAGGGAGUGAUGAUGAGCUGGGGCCAAUCCGGAAGAAAGAGGAGGAUCAGGCCUCCCAAGGAUACAAAGGGGACAAUUCUGUAAUCCCUUAUGAAACAGAUGAAGAUCCUAGGAGGCGGAACAUUCUGCGCAGUCUCCGAAGGAACACCAAGAAACCAAAGCCUAAACCCCGGCCAUCUAUCACGAAGACAACGUGGGAGAGUAACUAUUUUGGAGUGCCUUUAAACACCGUCGUAACUCCAGAGAAGCCCAUUCCUAUUUUUAUUGAAAGAUGUAUUGAAUACAUUGAAGCAACAGGGCUGAGUACUGAAGGCAUCUACAGAGUGAGUGGAAAUAAAUCUGAGAUGGAGAGCCUUCAGAGACAGUUUGAUCAAGACCACAACCUGGACCUGGCUGAAAAGGACUUCACCGUGAACACUGUGGCAGGUGCCAUGAAGAGCUUCUUCUCUGAGCUGCCAGACCCCCUUGUGCCCUACAGCAUGCAGAAUGACCUGGUGGAGGCCCACAAAAUCAAUGACCGGGAACAGAAGUUACAUGCUCUCAAGGAGGUGCUAAAGAAAUUCCCUAAGGAGAACCACGAAGUCUUCAAAUAUGUCAUCUCUCACCUAAACAAGGUCAGUCACAACAACAAAGUGAAUCUUAUGACGAGCGAGAACUUGUCCAUCUGCUUCUGGCCCACCUUGAUGAGACCGGACUUUAGCACCAUGGACGCGCUCACAGCCACACGGACCUAUCAGACAAUCAUUGAACUCUUCAUCCAGCAGUGCCCCUUCUUUUUCUACAACCGGCCCAUCGGCGAGCCCGCCGGGGCCACACCCAGCUCCCCCUCCUCGGGGGCGCCCGCCCUCCCCUUCCUCACCUCCACACCGGUCCUGGGUCAGUCGUCCCCGCCCCAGUCGCCUCCUCCCACUCCGCAGUCCCCACUGCAGCCGCCUCUCCCACCCCAGCUGCAGGCCGAGCACACCCUAUGAGGAGCAGCUUCCGGGCUGGGAGUCCGGGCUUCUCGGGGGAGGAGUUGGCAGGGCGGGCAGAGCUGAGGCCCAGCCUCCCCGCCGCAGCAGUGUGCCGGUUAGGGACCAGCCUGACCUUCCACACGAUGCUGCCUCCACUUCUUGGCAUCUGAGGGAACCCCCAGCAGUGGCCGGUGUUGGUCAGCCGUCCACAGGCCAGUUCCUGGGGCUCUCCCUCUCACCUCUUGUACAAAACUGGCCGGGCCCAUCCCCGGGCAGAGCCAAGACCCCAAGAACAGCUUCCUUUAACCCUUUCUCCCUGCACCCCACGUCCAUGCCCCACAGUGAGUGAGUAAGUUCAGGGUGGCCUUGGCAGAGUCCCUGGGCUCUGAGGGUGCCGCCUCAGCCAGGCUGGACAGCGGGCAGGGGAGAGAAGGGGCCCCACGCUUUUCUGACUUUAUCGCUCCCCUCAUCUGGUGGCGGUCAGCCGCCUUUGGAACAAAGAACACUGGAAAAGAAUUCUUAAGACACCGGGGAAAAAAGAAGCAGACCUCAGGCUGACAGCUGGACCCUGGCACUUUUUCUCCACAGAAGCAGGCCUGCAGUGUGGGGGCAGCCCCCUAGGAGCAUGGAGACUAUUGGGGCUGCCCGCCUCGGCCUUGCCUUUUGCCCCAGGGCACUGCCCCCCCUCCUGAGACCUCGGCAUCAAGCACUUAACAGGGAGAGCCGAGAAGCCCUGCUGGACCCAAGCGGGACUUGUGGGAACGUCGUACGGCUGGUGUGUGUGCGCGCGCGUGUGCAUGUGCGGAUGUCCGGGAGGGGCAGGGGCCAGGCCCGGCCUGGCAGGCUUCGGGCUGUUCUUCAGGUUUUCUUGGCAGGUGCUGGGUGGCUGCCCCAGAGGCCGAGACCCCGGUCUGGGGGAGGCCAUGUGGCUGCUCGGACUGUGUAUCCCAGAACUAGUCUUUUGGAUGUCCCAAACACUACAGCAGAGCUGGGCUGCCUUUGGCUGGAUGCCUGGGAUGGGGGGCUUCCCGCUCCCCACCCCCUCCCUCCCCAUGAUGGCUGCUGCUUCCCGCCCUGUCUCAACGACAGCACCGGCUCCAACAAGCCAGCGCAGGGGGUCAGGACACCCUGUGGCACCCCCACCCCCUCCCUAAGCCUGCGCUGCCCCCCGAGGUGCUUUGGGGAUGCCUGCUCUGCCCUGCCCCUUCUGGGAAGUAGAAGGAUGGACGCUGUUACAAGCCCCCCAACCCUGCUCGGCUGCUGCUCUGUGUACAGCUGCGAGGUGCCCCCCUUUCCCCUGACUUUGGCUCUGACCUCUGACAUCCCUCCUCCCCAGCAUCAUCCAUAACAACUGGACAGUGUGGUACCAGGCGAGGGGCAGGGCAGGGAAAGGGGCCACUGCUGGUCCUUGUGUUCCUCUUUGCACUUUAUGAAGCCAGGAUCUGUGCUCCAGGGACCUUCGGGACCCCUCAAGCAAGUGGGGGGGCUGGGAGUGGGGGCAAAAACCAGCACAGGGAAACCCCCCCCCCAUGGCAAAUGGUAUCAACCUCCCACAUGACUUCCUCCCCUGGGUAAGCUGGAUUCUUCCUAAAUCAACAUUCAUUGAUCAACAAAUUGCAUUAGUAGCCCCCACCUAUGGCACAAGGUGCUUGAAAGAAGCCUUAUUCCUUAAGAAAAUGGCUGCAUCAAACGCCCCCGUGUCCCUGCCAGCUUCGCAGCGUGUCCCCUCACCCGGCUCUGCCUCUGCUGCCCCCCGGGUGGGCACAUGCUUCCCUCUCUGGGGGGACACCAGCGGUCUGUGUCAUCUCUGUGCCUUCAUCUGCUGCCCCUCGCCUGAGGCCGCCUCUCUGGGCUUCAAGGAGGCCCUCGGUCAGGGAGAAGGUAGAGGAGGGACCAGAUAGCCCGGGGUGGCCACCUCUCCCUCCCCUCCUGUGUGUUUCUGUGUGUCGGGCCAGAUCUGGGCUUUUCCAUUCCUUUUCCCGCUCCCCACCUCUAGCACCAUCCUGGGAGGGCAAAACACGCCUGAGGACCACUGCCAGGCAUCUCCCUCCCCGUGGGCCUCCCUGGUGCCGGCAGACGGCCAUGCUUUGGGAGCUGAUGUGGAGAGCCAGGCUGUCCCCCUCCUCCAGCAAUAAGCCAGAUAAAUCCAGGCGGGGCUGGGGGGGACACGGGACCCAGACCAUCCGCCCUAGCCCAUGGCAGUGGCUCUGCAGAACCUCAGAAAGACAAAUGGGGUCUGGGCUUUCCCUGGAGACAGGUAGCCGCUGGCGUUUCCCCUCAUCCUCAGCGGCACCAGGCCACUGCCGCCAGACAAGGCAUUCCAUCCAGGCCUUCCUCCUAGCCCUCUCCAGUGCUUGAUGAUUGUAAAGCACUUUAAUUCGGUUGUUCACUUGAUCUCCCAGCAUCGCUAUCCCCACUUUACAGAUAAGGAAAUAAGCCUUGGAGAGAUUAAGGGACUUGCCCAGGGUCAGACAGCCUCCUAGUGAUGGAGCCAGACCUGGAACACUAAUUGGGCCCAGUCGCGGUGUCUCUCACUCCCUAGAAUCGUGGACUGUUAGAGCUGGAAGGUACCUUAGAAACUGUCUAGUCCAGCACUCUCAUUCUACAGAUAAGGAAACCGAGGCCCAGGGAGGUUACGGGGCUUGCCCAAGUCAUGCAUGUGUUGCAUCUACUAUCCAGCAGUAAAUUCAGUGGACCCAGAAAGGACCCACAACUGCCCACCUUGCUCUUAUCCCACGUUGGCAUGGUUCUUAUUAACUAAAUUUGUUUGGAUGCUUUUCCCCUCCUUCAGAUUUUGGGUUCCAUCAUCCAGGCACUUGUGCCUCUCUGCAGAGUUCCCAAGCCCCCUGGCUGUCAUGGAAGCAAAAGUGGCGAUUGUUUCCCACGGUGGCCCGGACAUUAGAUCAGGAGUGAGUUCACAAGGGCUUUCUGAAGCUUGAGAUGGGCACAUCCCUAGAUGCCCUUUAAAAUCAUGUCUGAAAAGAAAGGAUGAAGGCGGAAGGGGUUGGCAUUCUGCAUCUCGGGAGAUGGGGAGUCUUCCCUGGGGUGCUUCUUGCCAUUCUUUUCUUUCUGCCCUCCUUCCCCUUCUUAGACCCAGCCGUCCUACCUUUAGCCUUGCAACCCAAAGGUCCUAGGUCUGAUCACUGCCCCCUCGCCCCCCAUGCCCCAUCACCACCCCCUCCCUCCUAUUGGGCAAAGAUGUUUCCCAUUCAAUGUAGUCAAGCUGGCCUAAGUUAUUGUUUUCCAUAAAGAAAAGAAAAUCUUCAAACUUCCCUGUGUACAUUUAAAAAACUCUGUCUCAAGAUUGUAUGGGAAUAAAACUUGUUUGAACCUUUGGAAUAGUGCUGCCGCCGACUUAUUUUUCUGGUACUAGUAUUUUUCACAUGUUAAAUGAUCUUUCUAUGUGUCGAUUUAACACAUUUUGAGUUUUCACAUGAAAACAGAAGCAUACUAAAUGGUAUUAAAAUGUGUUAGUCCAACCGUGUGCCCAGAAUUCAAUGUCUCAGCAAACAUGGAGAACUGUAUGUAAAGAAAAGUAAUCCCAGUUGUUUCUUUGUAUUGUUAGGGAUGUUACCCAGUACGCCCCUUAGUUAGUGGUGUUAGGAAUGUUUGCUGCUCCCUUCCCCUGAGAACUCUUCGACACCAUGUCUUUUUCAGACCUAAAAAGCAGUUAGUGCAUGGUCAGCUAUAAAUGCUCUGCGACUGAGACAUCUCCAGCUGAGGUAUUUUCCCCCAAUUCUGGUUUUUUGUUUUGUUUUGAAAUCAUGUAUUUGCUACAAAGUAUUGUACUUGUCUCAAUGGGAAUGGUGUAAAAACUGAACAGGCCUUAUGUGACAUGUAUCAUAGUUAAUAAAUGAAUCUUGUAAAAAAUUAAA